GCGACGCCUUAUCUUCCUCCCCCUCGUUCCCCACCGCUGAAAUCUUAUCCUCUCGACCUCUCGCCCCGUUUCUUCCUCUUUUCCCCCUCCCUCUCACUUUCCUCUUCUUCAUUCGCCAGGCAACUGUGUCGAGGGGAGACGAUGCACGGCAGGGUGUCUUGCUACGAGAAGCUUCCGUCGUCCGGGCGCGCUCCGAUGCUGCCGGAGGAGGCGUUGUCGUGCUCGCCUGCGCGCGCAAGCUGCGGUUUUUUUGCAAGGCAGGGGCUCGCUGCUGCUAGCCCGCACGAGCUGGCUCCAAGGGCCAGGCGCUACAACUUGAGGAGCUCGAAGCCGACUACCUGUUGUGGCUCUCCGGAGUUACUCAUGCGACGCGGGAAGGAAGUCGCCAUGGAACAACCCCGCCGCCUUGGAGCUCGCCCCGCCUUCGGCCCACCACCUCUCCGUCGGCCUCGUGCUCCUCCGCCUCGAUCCGUCCGCCCCGCCGCUGGAUCCACGUCGGAGCAGCCGUAUCCGCCGCCCAGACCACCAACCAAGAGUCGCAUCUUGCCUGUCCUGCGGCCGGGAGGAGGACGACCGAGGGGAGCGCCCAUUCAUUCGCCGCCUUGGAGCUCGCCCUCCCUUCAGGCCGCCACCUCUUCGUCGGCCUCGAUCCAUCCGCCCCGCCGCCCAGACCACCAACCAAGCGGCGCCUCUUGCCUGUCCUGUGGUCGCAGGUCAAAUAAUAAAAACUGCAGGGUCCUUUAUGUUAAAAUGAAUCGUUUUUUCGGAUUAGCCACUUAAAAAUAGGACCGCGGGUUGAAUUCUCAGAAACAGAUGGACUUUUAUGCAAAAUCACUAGCGACGACGACGGACGACAGAAACCCAACUUUCUUUAUUAUUAUUAGGUAAAGAAUUGACGAGAUCAAGAAAUCGCUUAGUAGAAAUAUGGACCCUAUGAUUGGAGAAAAAUCAAUGACGCACAAGUUGUCUGACAAAA